AUGGCACAAACCACCUCCGUCCGUACAGCAUCCCCGACGCUUCUUGGCCAAACGGGGACUGUAUUUGUUCAGGUGCCUGAAGUUUUCACCACGCUCACAUCUCGCGUUACGGGAAUCCCAAGCCCAAGUACUAUAACCAUUGCAACACCAACGGCUAUUGGACAAACGGGAACUGUGGUUGUCGAGGUGCCUGAGCUAUUCACUACACUCACUUCCCUUGUUCCAGGCAUAUCAAAUACGACGACCAUAACUAUCGCUACACCCACCGCCAUCGGACAGACAGGGAUCGUGGUCGUCGAGGUGCCCGCGUUUCUCACCACGCUCACUUCGCUUGUUCCUGGAAUUUCAGCACCCAUCACAUCGACGAUCACUACGCCUAGCCUCCCCGGGCAGACAGGGACUGUGGUCAUACAGGUUCCUCUGCUGUUUACCACCCUCACUUCGCUGGUAACAGGAAUCUCAGGCCCCGUCACAUCGACAAUUGCCACACCUAGCCUCGCUGGGCAAACGGGCACAAUCCUCGUCGAAUUGCCUCCACUAUUCACAACAGUGACGGCUUUCAAUCCCAAUGGCUCGGACACAAUGCACUUCGACUGUGGCAUACUCGUUGAAGUGCCUCAGCUGUUCACCACGCUCACUUCGUUCAAUACGCCUGGAGUUUCAAGGACAAUCACAUCGACUCUCGCGGCGCCUUCUGUUCCAGGGCAAAUCGGAACCAUCCUGGUCCAGAUCCCGCAGCAAUUUACUACGCUCACUUCAUUGAACACACCUGGAGCUUCAGGGACGGUCACAUCAAUUCUUGCAACACCAACUAUCCCAGGUCAAACAGGGACUGUGCUUGUCCAGAUACCUCAGCAAUUCAUCACGCUUACUUCGCUCAACACCAUUGGGGCCCUCGGCAAUCGUUACGUCAGACUGUUUCUGCGCCGACUGCCGUUAGGCCGAGUACAGGUUACGAUAGUCUUGCAGAUACCUCCUGAGUUCACCACUGUCACUUCGCUUCUUCCUGCGGACGGCACAAUCAUCAGUCCACUAGAACAGUCGCUACCCCGACAGCUGUUGGUCAAACUGGCACAGUGCUCCUCCAUUCGUCACGUCAACUAUUGCGCUGCCAUCGUCUGUCGGACAAACUGGAACAGUGGUAGUACAAAUUCCGCCGCAGUUUACGACGAUUACAACCCUGAACACAAUACCCGGUGCCUCGCUUCCGGUCACUGCCACAAUUUCGCCGCCCACAGCAAUCGGGCAGACGGGCACAGUGUUGGUCGGAUUACCGCCUCUAUUUACCACUAUCACCUCGCUCAAUACGACCCCUGGCGCCUUCGCUUCCCACCACUGGCAACGCUCACUUCUCCAACGGCAAUCAGUGAGACAGGUAUCGUGUUGGUUCUCCUGCCGCCUCAAUUCACCACUGUUACAUCCGUCAAUACUGCACUUGGCAUCUCUGCAGCUACCACGCGGACUUUAGCAUCGCCCACUGCCGUCAAUCAGACAGGCACUGUAGUGAUAGAGGUUCCCGCGCGUUUUACCACGCUCACAUCACUCAAUCUUACUCCCGGCGCUUCUUCUCCAAUCACCACGACCAUUGCCUUGCCGACUAACGCCGGCGAUAUUGGCACUGUUGUGGUCCAGGUACUUCCGCAGUACACCACCGUCACCCAGCUCAACUCUGCCAGCGGAUUUACUGCUCCCGCCACAUCCACAGCCGCGAAUUUCCAACCGCACCAGGCCAAGUCGGCACUGUUGAUGGUGCAGGUCCCUGCGCUUUUCACUACCAUCACUCAACUUAAAUCCCGGUUAGCGGUGGCUUCUAUUCCUAUCACAUCGACAGCCGCGAUUCCAACCGCACCGAGGCCAAGUCGGCACUGUUCCGCAGUUCCAACCGCACCGGGCCAGUUUGGAACCAUCAUAGUCCAAGUCCCUUCGUUGUUCACUACCGUUACCUCUUUCAACCCAGUCAGUGGUGCUACUGCCACUAUUACGUCAACUGCAGCGAUACCAUCAGGACCAGGCCAGACAGGGACAAUAAUCAUUGAGAUUCCACGUCCCUUUGUCACAAUCACGUCCUUGAACCCUGACCUUGGGGCAACCGGAAUCAUUACCUUAACUCAGGGUAUUCCGACCGCCGUAGGACAGACCGGUACAGUUUUGGUAGAAGUUCCCCAACCUUUCACAACUAUUACGUCGUAUACCGUCGGUAUCACCACAGCUGUGCGAACGACUGCUGCGACGCCAACCUCGCUCGGCCAAACGGGUACCGUUGUAGUACUGCUUCCAAUCCCAAACACGCCUGUCAGUAUCCCAGUCACGCCAACGAGCCUGCCAUCCUCCCUUUCUUCCGCAGCUCCGAGUGUUGUUGUUGUGUCCUCCCAAACAGUCUCCGUACCAGCCACCAAGGGUGUCAGUAGUUUCAGACGUCGUUCCGACCAAUCUUUGACGGCGUCCAAGGCGCCACGCUGCUUCACGGGUAGCCUCGUGCAGAGUCUGACAGGCGCAAACGUCUACAAUUGUAUCCAGUCCAGAGUGCCUAGUUGCGCCAACUGUCUACCAGCCCUUCCAAGACUCCUGCAAGAAUCCUCAAACGGGACCACCAGCGUCCUUGACACCAUCAUCAACCACUACUUCGGACCUGUCAGACAGCGCUCGGUGACUUUGGACCAGGGUAUUGCUUCACUCUGUUUCGCCGUCAGUUCUACGCUUACUACACUCACUGGGUCCAACGUGUUUAGGUGCUUGAGUGACAGUGUCGUUAUUUGCCCAUCAUCAGCUGCGGCUGCACCGUCGUCAUUGAUAGCCACGGUAUCGGUUUCCGGGUGUGGCGCAACUCCUACAACAAGAGCUUGUCUCACAGGUUUACCGUCCUCGUGUCAACCAUCGAACCAAAACAACCUGCUCGGCAGCGUGCUCGGCACCGUAGACACAGCCACUUGUCAGCUUGCACUUGGGCUUUAUGGAACAACUAAUGCCGCCGUUUGCUUCACAAGUUCCUUGCUCAACAUAUUUACUGGCACCGACUUCUUGGGAUGUCUGAAUAACCACUUGCCAUUGUGUCAACGCUGCGUACAAUCCAUACCCUCGGCGUGUGACCCUAGCCGUGGGUAUCUUGGAGGCGUCUGUCAAUCCGCCCUGGGCUACUUCGGAGACACGUUUGCGGGCAAUUGUUUUGCCAAUGGCGUCCUCAACUCUACGAUCACGUCCAACGUGAUCAGCUGUUUGAACAACGUGCUUCCUUUCUGCAACCCACCGACUACUUCAACCAUAACAAGGGGUUCUGUCGCACUCACAACGACGUUCGUUACAGCCACCGGAGGAAUUUUGGGGGUUGGAGAGAGCACAUUCACCGUCGUUCAAGUCGUUGUGCCAACACCGCCUCCAGUGCUCUCAACAAGCUUCACCACGUUCAUCGGAUCUAUUGGCUACACGACUACCCGCACCAUUACAUCUGGCAGCGUCUUGUCUACUACAACGAUAAUAUCGGCCGGUACGACAUUCGCAGAGAUCAUUUUGCCUACGUCGCCGCUUUCGAGAGUGACCACUACAUUCGUCGGCCCCGCAGAUUACACGAGUCUAGCAACAACAACAGUCGGAGGCGUUGCGUCAACAUAUGUGCUUGUAGGCAUACAUACAGUGCUGCCUACUAUUACGGUAACAUCAGGAACGGUUCCUACUGCUGCACCCUUGACGGUGACCACUGUCGUGUCCGGUGCAAGUGUCAUCGAGGUCAUUGUGCCUACGCCGUUCUCAACUUCGUCUCAAACCGGGGGUUUACUGGGUUUCACAAGCACUAUCACAGGGUUCACCACCGUGUCUGGCACCGCGCGUCCUACAACGACCUACGUCCUUGUCAACCGCCCUGGUCUCGGUUUCUAG